AUGCAAUGUUAUAAAGCAGAAUUGCUUAUAAACAAUCAAGUUCAUCGUGUUGUGGCUAAGCAGACAUUCAGUCUCCACUGUCCAUUGGGGCACUAUCAGGGUCAAGCACAGACAUAUGUGCAUGUUGAAGGUGUUAUUGAGAAGUUCAAAUCCAAUGUUUUGAGUAAUGAGAAAUUCAAUCAGCUCGAGAAGGAUCUAGUCAAGACUUUGGGAAUUGUUAAGACUUGUGUUGUGCAAAUCGUGGGUACUGAAGAAUCACACAUGGAUCUCAAGAAUGAUAGCUCAAAUUUAUGGAUCUUUGAAGAGGAACUUGUAGGUGACUACGUGAAGUAUGUUGGGAAUAAUAAUUUCACCAUUGAAACCCAAAAGAAAGAUGACCCACUUCAUGAAAUGCUUCAUGCAAUGUCUCAUUAUGAUUUGAAUGAGAAUCAGGGACGCUCUUUUGUAUGUGACCUACAGGGAGUGGGUACUACACUCACUGACCCAGCAGUCAUUGAUCUUGAUAAAUCCUUUGGGAGAGGAAACCUGAACUAUGAUGGCCUCAAGCUCUUCAUAUCUCAACACAAGUGCAACUUGUGGUGCAAAAAGUUAGGCCUCACUUCAGCAAAAAAAUGGCAGUCAGAACUCAAGAAGUAG